AUGACGGCGCAUCAUACAUCAACAUCUGUCGCAAUCUCAAUAGCAUGUCUUGCCGCUGUAGGCGCUCUCUCAACCCCAGCAUUCCGUCAGAUUCUCCUUCGUCUUCGAGCAAAGAAAGACCAAUAUCAAGAGCUGUCUCGGUGUUAUGAGGAUAAGGAUGGAAAGGCCACGGAGGAAUCUCAGCAAGCAUAUUCCGACUUUGUCGUUCGGUUAAUACUAAUCAUAAUCUCUACCAUCGCGUUCCUUGAUGCUUUGGCCACUGCUGUUCUGACAACUACUCGCCCGCAUCUAUCACUCACGCUUGAACAAUGGCUCCAAUUCGCAACCUGGUUUUUGGUUUUGUUUCAAACUAUCGCCAUCUACGCCACGCCCUCCUCAACGCAGCGAUAUCGUCUUGGGAUUUUUACAGCUUCGUCGAGCUUGCUCAUAGCCAUCGCUGUAGCGGUAGAGAAUAUCUCCCUAUGGCAAUCGAAAGUCACCCCGCUUCCGCGCAAUGCCCACCUUACCCUGUCGCUCGUUCAAUUCAUCUGUGGGAUCCUCCUUCUCGUCGUGGGUCUGUUAAUUCCGCGGCGGCCUGAUGUCUAUUGGAAUGAUAAAGUGGUCGACCGCAAAAACACCGUUUCUGCGCUAUCAAAGCUCACCUUCUCCUGGGCUUCAACGAUCCUGUCUCUGGCGGCUAAAAACAAGGGUCUGGACUACGAAGAUCUUUACGAGAUUGACCACGAUGCUCGUUCUCGAGAGUUAAGAACCAAGUUCGAGGCCGUCGGCCGUAAAGACAAACUAUGGAAGACGCUCUUCUGGUCGCACAAAUGGGCCUUCAUCCAGCAAUGGGUUUUGCAAGCAACAUGCUCCAUCACGGAUUUCCUGCCCCAACUCGCCCUGUACUUUAUUUUGAAAACACUCGAGGCGAGAGAUGAAGGUCAAGACGUGGCGCUCACGUCAUGGCUAUUAGUGAUCGGACUCGGUCUAUCCAUCACGCUCUCAUCGUGGCUCGAGGCUUGGAUGUUCUUUGUCACAUUCAUGAAGAUUGGCGUCCCAAUCUACGAACAAUUGUCCGCUGUGGUGUUUGGAAAAGCUAUUCGACGAAAAGAUGUCAAAGGCACAGGAAAGAAACAGGAAGAGGAACAGGAACAUGCCAACGGCAAUCUCAAUGGUGAAGUCGUGGUCAACAUCGACGCUGGCCAAAAGGGGGAAGAUCGAGCUCCGGAAGAGGACGAAGAUGGGGAUUUUCAAAAAUCGAAGCAAAGCACCAUCAACUUAGUCGGGGUCGACUCGAAGCGGAUCUCGGACUUUGCGACGUUCAACUACAUCUUUCUCGGAUCUGCCAUCAAAUUGAUAUUUGCCAUCGGCUUCUUGUCGAAAUUGAUUGGGCCCAUCCCGCUACUUGCAGGGCUUGCGGCUCCUGCACUGAUCACGCCUAUCAACAUCAUAGCCGCGAAGCGAUAUGCCACUGCCCAAGACGACCUGAUGAAAUAUCGUGACCAGAAGAUGGCAGUAGUGACUGAGGCUCUGCAGGGCAUCCGUCAAAUCAAAUUCAGUGCCCUUGAGAGGGAUUGGUACGAAAAGAUCCUCGAGACCCGGAGGAGAGAACUCAAGACGCAGUGGCAAGUUUUUGUGUAUGACACUACAUUGAUCAGCAUCUGGAUUUUCGGGCCCGUCAUGCUGGCUGCCGUUUCACUGACAACGUAUGUUUUGAUCUACAAGCAACUGACUGCUUCAGUGGCGUUUACGACCAUUUCCGUCUUCGAAGCCAUUGAAAUGACAUUGGCUGUCAUUCCUGAAAUGAUAACCGACCUUCUUGAUGCUAUAGUAUCUGCGAAUCGAGUUCAAGAAUACCUUGACGCGCCUGAACGCAUUGACAGCACCAAGCCUGGCGACACUGUGGUAUUCACAGACGCCACAAUCUCUUGGCCAUCAGACAAUCCAGAGAACGAAGAGAAUCAAUUUGCAUUGCGCAACUUGAACCUCGCCUUCCCCAAGAACGAGUUGAGUGUCAUUUCAGGUCGUACAGGGUCUGGAAAGAGCCUGCUCCUUGCCUCCAUCAUCGGCGAGGCCGAAGUUCUUGGAGGCGAAGUCUUCGUCCCCAGACCGCCGUCUGCGGCCGAGCGACAUGAUUCGGGUGCAAACAGAAGUAACUGGAUGAUUGAGUCUUCCAUUGCCUUUGUUGCUCAAAUCCCCUGGAUUGAGAAUGCUACCAUCCGAGACAACAUCCUCUUCGGACUCCCUCUAGACAACGACCGUUACCAAAAGGUCCUGCAUGCCUGUGCUUUGACAAAGGACUUGGAAAUGCUGCCAGAUGGAGAACUCACCGACAUUGGCGCAAAUGGAAUCAAUUUGAGCGGUGGGCAGAAAUGGCGAGUUUCAUUUGCUCGUGCCUUGUACUCGAGGGCAGGUAUCCUCGUGCUGGAUGAUAUCUUCUCGGCAGUGGACGCCCACGUCGGUCGACAUCUGUUCGAGCAAGCCCUUGUAGGAGAGCUUGGCCAAGGCAGAACAAGGAUCCUGGUGACACAUCAUGUCGCCCUGUGCCUCCCCAAAACAAACUACAGCGUUCUGUUGUCCAACGGCACCGUCGAACAAGCAGGUCAAACAGAGGAGCUGCGGCGCAGCGGGAAACUAAAAUCAAUCCUUGCGGAAGAAGACGAAGCAGAGCAAAAGAGGGAUGAGGAAGAGGAAGAGGAAGCUGUCGGACACCUCACGGUCGAUGACGGCGGCGGUCUCCAGAAGUUGUUGACCAAUCAGUCACGCCGUUCGAGGCGCAAAUCUGCUCUCAGUGAUGUUGGCGACAAUCUCAUGCGACGUCCGUCGCGCGCGAGCCUCAACGACGCGAAGCAAAGCCGCAGCAACGCCCCCAAGAAAUUUACAGAGGAAGAGAGUCGAGAGACGGGCGCAGUCAAGUACAAGAUCUACUCGGCCUAUCUCAGGGCCUCUGGCGGGUUCGGAUAUUGGUUGUUCAUCCUGGCCUUCUUUGGUGUUUGGGUCGCCAUCUACCUGGGCAGGUCGUAUUGGAUCAGUGUAUGGACGAGAUCAUACCGCACCGAAACGGAGCACGUCUCUCCCCAUAGGCUGCUCGUCUCGCAGUCUCUGAGCACCGUCUAUCACCACCUCCACACUCGGUACUCUGCUGCGGCCAUCGAUCCAAAUCUUCGAUACUACCUGGGCGUCUACCUUGGCAUCUCCCUCGCCGCCUGGCUGAUCGGCACAAUCCGCUAUUUGUUCGUCUUCAUUGCCUCAAUUCGUGCAUCCAAGAUUCUUUUUGAAGCCCUUGCCUUUGCAGUUCUCCGCGCACCCUUACGAUGGCUCGAUACUGUGCCGGUUGGACGUAUCCUCAAUCGCUUCACAUCCGACUUCAAUAUGCUCGAUUCGCGGAUAGCGAUGGAUCUGGCCUUUAUGCUCCACAACAUGAUGCACGUCCUGGCUGUCGUGAUUGCCGGAGUGUUCGUGUCGCCAUUCAUGAUUGUCUUUGCAAUCGGACUUCUCUCAGUCUGCAUGUAUUACGCACUACGUUAUCUCGCUGGCGCCCGAGAGGUGAAGAGACUGGAAAGCAAUGCCAAGUCUCCCGUCUUCGAGCAGUUCGGCUCGGUGCUCAUGGGCAUUGGGACGAUCCGUGCUUUCGACAAGUCGGACGCCUACCUCGACAAGAUGUACACCAAGAUCGACCGACAUUGUCGCGCAUACUGGCAUCUCUGGCUGUUCAAUCGAUGGAUGGGAUGGCGGUUGUACAUGGUCGGUGCUCUUUUCGCAGCCAUCACUGCAGCACUUAUCGUCUCCAUUACGAGCAUUGACUCAAGUCUUGCCGGGUUUGCCUUGAGUUUCGCCCUCGGGUUGAGCGAAGGUGUGAUAUGGUUCCUACGACAGUACUCGAAUGUGGAACUGGACAUGAACGCCACAGAGAGAAUCGUAGAAUACAGCAACAUCACGACGGAGAAUCAAGGAGGCGUGGACGCACCAGCCGCGUGGCCCACCGAGGGAAACCUCGAGGUCAACGAUCUGGUAGUUGGCUACGCGCCCGACCUUCCACCGGUGUUGAAGGGGUUGACGUUCAAAGUGACAAAGAACCAGCGGGUUGGUGUUGUCGGACGUACGGGAGCGGGCAAAUCCUCACUGACACUCGCAUUGUUCCGAUUCCUCGAGGCUCGCAGUGGAAGUAUCUACAUUGACGGGAUCGACAUCUCCAAGAUCAAGCUGUACGACUUGCGCUCGAGACUGGCGAUCAUACCACAGGACCCUGUCCUCUUUUCGGGCACGGUCAGGAGCAACCUGGACCCAUUUGAACAGCAAACAGACAAGGAACUGAAAGAGGCUCUGGCGCGGGUACAUCUGAUAUCGUCGGUCACGGCCUCCUCGUCAGCUAUGGCCAGCGGAAGUGCGACACCUAUUAUUCCAGAUCAUCAGCACGAUACCGAUGCCGAUCCGACAGCCGCAACAACAAACAUCAACAUCUUCCGCAGCCUCUCGUCCAAAAUCUCCGAAGGGGGUCUGAACCUCUCACAGGGCCAACGCCAACUCUUGUGUCUCGCGCGAGCCAUCGUGUCACGGCCCAAAAUCAUGGUCCUGGACGAGGCCACAUCCGCAGUAGACAUGGAGACGGACGCGCUGAUCCAGCGCAGUAUCCGGGAAGAAUUCACGGAUUCGACAUUGAUUGUGAUUGCGCACCGGCUGAGCACGAUUGCGGACUUUGACAAGAUCUUGGUCAUGGGGGAGGGGAAGGUGCUUGAAUUUGAUAACCCGAAAGAGCUGAUGCGGAGGAAGGGCGGUGUGUUUAGGGGCAUGGUGGAGAUGAGUGGUGAGAGGGCCGAGUUGGAGAGGAUCAUGGGUAUCAACAGCUCCAGCUCCAGCGCCGGUGCCGAUAUUAAGGAAGAGCAGGGCCAAGAACAACACCAAGAAGAGCAGAGCCGUGAAGGCAAAGCAGAGACAAGUGCACCUGUACCUGCACCUGCACCUGCACCUGCUACAGCGACUUCCAGUGCCAGCGCCGACGCCACAGCGAGCACCAGUGGUGGGGGAAAAGAGAACAACAACAACGACGACGACGAUUCGGACGGUGGAUGGGGGAUCUGA